AUGGCCUCAAACAAUUUGAGCGGUGUAGUAAAGCUAGACACAUUUCUAGAGCUUAAAAAUUUAGAGUUCUUGCGUUUAUCCAACAAUAAGUUGUCAGUGUUGUCCAAAACUAGUCCCAACGCCUCUCCUCCAAGACUUAUCAAAUUAAGACUGGUUUCACGCAAUCUAACAAGUUUUCCCGACUUUCUUCGGAACCAAGAAGGACUUCAGAUUCUAGACCUUUCCUUCAACCACCUUCAUGGUCUUAUACCCAAGUGGCUGUGGGAAAUGAGCAAGAAGACUUUGUUGCUUAUAAACCUUUCGCAUAACUCUCUAACGAGCUUUGAGGAGCCUCCGUUGAUUCUUCCUUGCACUAAUCUAAUCCGGUUAAACAUCGGCAACAACAUGCUCCGAGGUUCACUUCCAAUUCCGCCAUUAUCCACAGUUAUAUAUUUAGUCUCCAACAAUUCACUAGAAGGGGAAAUUUCACCACUAAAAUCUUUGGCGAUAUUGGAUUUGUAUGCCAACAACUUCUCUGGACCAAUCCCUCGAAUAUGGAGAAGUGGAAACAAAUUGCAUUUGAUCAACUUGGGCCGUAACAAGUUUUAUGGACAAGUUCCAAGAUCAAUUGCAAGGUGUACAUUGCUACAAUACCUUGAUCUUGGAGACAAUCAAAUCCAAGACACUUUCCCUUCUUGGUUGGGAGUUCUUCAGAACUUGAGGGUUCUCAUAUUACGUUCUAAUGGAUUUCAUGGUACAAUAGGAGCUCCAAGAUCUGAUUCUGUGUUUCCUGAGUUACAUAUUAUUGAUCUCUCGAGUAAUAUGUUUACUGGUUUGUUGCCUUCAAAGUACUUUAAAAUAUGGAAUGCUAUGAGAAAUCUCAGUGCAGAGUCCUUGACAUACAUGCAUUUCAUUAGCACUGUGUUUGCUGUCGAGUACAACUACAAAUAUAGAAUGGUGUACAAUUACUCGAUGACAUUGACCAACAAAGGUGUAAGGACGAAGUUUACCCAAGUCUCAGAAGUGUUCACUGUUAUUGAUUUUUCAUGUAACAGAUUCCAAGGAGAAAUUCCAGACUCAAUCGGGAAUCUAAAAGGGCUUCAAGUGCUCAAUCUCUCCAAUAACCUUCUCGUCGGUCAAAUCCCACUAGUCAUAGGAUCCUUAUCAAAACUCGAAGCAUUGGAUCUUUCUUGCAACAAGUUGGUGGGAAGAAUUCCUUGGCAACUAAAGCAGCUCAAUAUCCUUGCAGUCUUCAACGUGUCCCACAACCAUCUGACGGGGCCUAUACCACAAGGUGGGCAAUUUAAUACCUUUGAGAGUAGUUCAUUUGAUGGGAAUUUGGGAUUGUGUGGAAAUUUAUUGUCGACAAAAUGUGAAGAUUCUGAGGCCUCAUCACCUUCGUCAUCAACCUCGGAAGAACAUGAAGACUUGGUACCAAUUUCCCAUUUUGGUUGGAAAGUAGUGUUGAUGGGCUAUGGCUUCGUCAUGGUGAUUGGAGUGAUCAUAAGCCAGAUCACAAUCAAAAGAAAACCCCAUUGGUUCAUAAAGAUUUUUGGAGUGAAGCAAUGGAAAAGGCCUAUCAAAAGCUUAGCAAGGUGGUAA